UCCAGUCUUUAUUUAUGACGAAUUCAAACAAAACUUCUGUGUAGGCUCCCCCUUUUUCCUCCUCCAGUACGUGGCGCGCAUGCGCCGGCUAGAGACACGCCUCUUCUUUCCGCGAGCCAUGUGGUUUGCCGUUGAUAAAUAAAGAUCUCGGCGGAUUUACUCCCCCAUCCCCGCACUCACACCCCAGUCCCUUCGUUUUUACUUUUUUUAAAUAUACCUUUGUACACAACAGCGGACUUUCGGCGCAGUCGCAGCAGCCGCAAUGUCUGCGAGCCUCCAGGCGCAGGUGGAGUCGGUGCUCGGAGCGCUGGUCAGAGCCGCGACGGUGGAGUUGACCGAACUGUUCGAGAGCACCUACCGAGCGGCGGCGCAGGACGCGGUUGCGGCCCGCGCGGACGACAAAUGGCCGACCGCCGCCAAGCGGGCUCGCCCGACCCGCGGCGACGCGACGCGCAGCAUCGGCGUGCAAGUGGACGAGGACACCGGGCCGCCGUUACAGCUUUCCGGCCCGCCUGACCUCUCAGAUGGGGAUUGUUUGAGGGAGUGUGGAGGGGGAGGGCAGCCUCCCUCCCCUCCACCACCUCCAAGUGUGGAGGGGGGUCUCAUCCCAUCAGAAAACACGCUGACUGAAGUCCAGGGCCAAGUUGACACUGAGGGGUCACCACUGAAGGAGCAGGUUGUGGCAGAGACGGCACGUGUGGUGGAGUUGAGCGGGUUUAAAGCGGAGUCUCCGGCGGAUGUGGCUCUUCCAACAGUCCCUUUGCACGUCUCCGAGCCGUGGACAUUAAGACGCAAGCCGACGCGGCGCUCUACGGCGAAACGGAAGCUCCUCGCGAUCAAGCCGGAAACGCACGACGCCGUUCCCGGGAAGACGGUGAAGGUCGUCUGCCCGCCGAUCCUCCGGCCGCAGUCCCCGAAACCGGACCCUUCGGAGAAGCCCGUUAAAUCGGAGCCCCAGCAAGUCUGCGUCAGCACCGCCAAGGGCACCGCCUACAGCCCGUCGCCGUCCGACGGCGCGGUGACCCCGGCGCCGCCCGCGGUGUGGGAGCGCAUCCACACGCCCAACGAGGGCAAGAGCAACCUCCACAUGCGACUGAAGCUGAACUCGCCCGACCGGAGGCUGGCGCGGCCCUGCGCCGUGCAGCUGGUGGACGUGCUCGCCGCGUCCGAGUCCGCGAUGAACGCCGCCGCCGCCAAGGGUCAGGGCGACCCCCGCGGCGCCGCUUGGCCUCUGCCCAAAGACCUCCGGCGCCACCAAGGCCUCCACACGGGCCGCCGCCUCUGCUGCUUCACCCCCUGCGAGAACGGCGUGUGGCGGCUGCGGAAGGUGGUGGUGGCCCACAGCCGCGACGGCUACCCGUGCGCCCUCUGCGACAAGACGUUCGCGCGGCGGAAGAUCCUCCGGCGGCACGAGCGCUUCCACACCGGCGAGAAGCCGUACCCGUGCUCCUCGUGCGCCAAGACGUUCGCGCUGAGGAAGAGCCUCCGGCGCCACCUGCGCUUCCACACGGGCCAGCGGCCGCACGCCUGCACCCACUGCGGCAAGAGCUUCCGCCUGCGGGAGAACCUGAAGACGCACCUGCGCUUCCACACGGGGGAGAAGCCGUACAACUGCGUCGCCUGUGGCAAGUGGUUCCGGAUCAAAGAGAACCUGAAGAAGCACAAGCGGAGCCCGUGUGGGUUCUUUGUGCCCUCGUUCAGGAUGAUCGCCGGCUUGAUGUCAUGACGUGAAGGAAAGAACCCGUGAUCCAGGUCGAUCCCAGAGAAGUUCUAUUUGAAUGAGCAGAAAGAGUUUUAAGAAGAUUUUACUACUGAGGGACUUUUUAUUCUUAGUUUUUUAUUCAUUGUCAUGUUUUUGCCUCUUGAUGAUGCUGCACCGAUGUUUGCUGGACUGAAGACUUCACCCUUCUUUUCUUUUUUUGGCAUAUUAUCCUUCUGAGAAACAUAUUCUAAGUCCACCGAACAGCAGGUUCACUUCAGGUGUGCUGGAGAACUGAAUGGGUCUCUCGCCUGCCCUCCUGCUGGUGUCAUGGUUACAAUGGCACACGGACUGAUAUUUACAUGUUUUCUAUAUAAUCUUUCUAUGGUUUUUUUUUUUUAACUUUAUACCCUACCCAUGUGUCUGAUCAAAAAGUGUUUGGUUUUGUAUUCGUGUUUAUUGCCUGAUGUCUGGUGACUUCUUUCCUUUCAUGUCGGAUGUUUUAAUGUUCAAACCCUUCGACAGUACAAUGUGAAGCCAAACAUCUUAUGUUCACUUUUUUAUGAAGUCUUUACUUUAAAAAAAAAGUUGUAACAUUCCUGAAUACGUGUCUCCCCAUAUUGUAAAACUUAUUUUUACUAGAUAUUUACUAGUUUCCUGUAUAUUAAGAAUACCUUUUUUAUCGACGUACUACAAUCAGCGUGGUGGAGCUUUUAAAUAAACUUCCCUUCUGUAAGAAGUAUUGAUGCGAAGCAGCGAGUGACUCAAGUUGUCAAAGAAAUGAAGAUCAAAUGACUGGCUCUUAAAAUGUCAUGGAGUAUAAAGUAUUACUGUAAUAAAGGAGUAAAUAUAGAUGUAAAUACCACCAGGGAACCAGCGACAUUAAAGCUCUCUGGGCAUCUCGAUUGGGCUUGGACCAGAUUUAUGACCAUGUUUAUGUUUUAAUGUCGGGAAUCAAGAACGUUCUCAAAAUAACAACCAGCUUUAUUUGCCAUGUGUGCGCACAUAAAAGGAGUUUAAGUUGUUUCUGAUGCUCUCAGCGUACAUAUAUGAUAAUAAUAAACACAAAAGGGAGGUAAGCAUAAACAUGUGUACAAAUAUAUAUAUAUGAACACAUUACAGACUACGACAAUAAAAUGGAGGAAAUGUU